UUAAGUUUCUAAUUGUACAUUUAUUAUGUUUACUACAUUUUGCGCUCAUCAAGAAAAGUUACAAUAGUAGUAAAUCAUUGCAAUCAUACUAUUGUAAUUUAAGUCCAGCAAAUCCUUGGGCUUAAAUCAUACAGCAAAGACUAUAUCACGGUACAAAUGAUGGACGAAUUCAAAGUUCCACUAAUGCCACCAAACACAGCCGGCAAAGUGGAAAAACAGCCAGAAACGCAAGCAAGCGAUGUUAAAGAUGUAGAUAAUGAUAAAGUAAAAGAAAUUCCAAAAGCGCCUAUUGUCAAUACACCAAACCAAGUUUGCCCUUACAAAGUGCCACCAUGGUCUGAACCGCCACCCGAAACUACCAACUAUAAAUUUGAAGUUCUAAAAUCGGGUCAAAUAAUAAGUGAAAUCGAUAAUUUACAAAAGCAAGCAGUUUGGAAGUUUGGACGAUUACCACCACCGGCAAACGAUCUAGAAUUGGCACAUCCCACGAUUUCACGUUUUCAUGCAAUUCUUCAGUAUCGCCCCAAAAAGCAACGUUCACCAUCUGAUUCAGAGCAAAACGCAGACACUACUAGUGCAGAUCCACCAGAGGGUUGGUAUAUAUACGAUCUAAAGAGUACGCAUGGCACAUUCUUAAAUAAACAACGUAUACCACCUCAGGUUUUUAUACGCAUGCGUGUUGGUCAUAUGUUACGUUUGGGUGCCAGCACAAGAUCUUAUAUUUUACAAGGACCAGAGGAAGAUGCGGAACCAGAGUCAGAUUUAACUGUAACGCAGCUACGUGAGCAACAAAAGCAAAAACAAGCUGCUGCAGAAGCUGAUGCGAUUGGGAAAAAGGCAGAGGCAGCAGAGCAGGAACGUAAUGAGGGAAUCAAUUGGGGUAUGGGGGAAGAUGCAGAUGAGGAAACUGACUUAUCACAUAAUCCAUUUGCAAGCACAAACAAUGAAGAAUUAUUUCUCGAUGAUCCUAAGAAAACUCUCCGGGGCUAUUUCGAACGUGAAGGGCUGCAAUUGGAAUAUAAGUGCGAUGAAAUGUCUGUCGGAUCGUUUGUUUGUCGCGUAGAAUUACCACUGGAUGAUGCAUAUGGCCGCCCUAUCAUAGCUGAGGUUGUGCAUAAAGGUCGCAAAAAGGAGUGUGUUGUGCAAUGUGCUUUGGAAGCUUGCCGAAUUCUAGAUCGACACGGUGUUCUGCGUCAAUCAAAUCAAGAACCUUUGAAAAGAAAAGUGAAAUCUACAGAAGAUUCUGACGAAGACGAUUUUCUUGACAGAACGGGUGAUAUUGAACGAAAAAAGUUGCGAAAAUCAAAUCCGACAACUAAUGUCGCCUUAACAUACGAAGAUUUGCUAAAGAAGGAUUCUGAAUUAGUAGUGGAACUACAACGAGUUGCAGAUGAUAUAACGCGUUAUCAAGAAACACAACGACGACUUAAGGCUUCUCAGUCGAAUAACAGCGAAGAUCUCGAUCUCUUUAUGGAAAACUUAACCGAUGACACUUCUAACCUGGAUAAGACGGAAAUACGGAAAUUACGGUUGGAACAACAACGGCUUAAUGUAGAAAAACAAAAAGUGCAAAGAUUAAUAAAAUUAGCAAAACCAAUAGAUUUCCACUUAAAUAAGCCCAGCGAAACGGCGAGGACUGACACAAGUACAAAGCGACAGCUACCCAUGAUUGGAAAACGCAAUCAGUUUAGUAAGUUUAAGAUUGCAAAGAUGGUUACAACUAAUAAGAGCGAAAAAGUAAAUCACACAAAUUUGGCUUCCGAUGAAGAAGAAGAAGAGGAGGAUUAUGAAUUCAGUUUACCUAAAAAUAAAGACGUAGCUAAACCUUCUUCGAUAAAAGCAGCUGCCUCUGAAGAAGGAAAGGAAAGUAAGCAAAUAGCUGUAGAAACAGCUAUUACUGAAGCAACGAAAUCAAGAAAACAAACUGUGAAAACAGAAAUUACUGAAACAAUGCCAUCACCAGAAUGUAUCAAAAAGUUGUACGGCCCCGCAGUCAUCCCUAUAAUCAAAGGCGAUAGGCAAGAUGAUGUGCCAGCUGAUAUGCCUACGAAGCCAAUUGAUACAAAGUCACCUUCAGCAGAAUGCACUCAUUCAGAAGAUUCUACAGAAGCAGAAAAUAGUAGAAAAAAGCGUAGACAGCGUCAAAGACAACGUCAAAAGCGACAAGAAAUUGAUAUGGAGGAGCUAGAAGAGCACGAAUCCAACGAAAAGUAUGCCAAGUGGGUGCCGCCACCUAAUCAAAGUGGUGAUGGCUAUACAGAAUUGAAUGACAAGUAUGGAUAUUAGGUUUUUUUAUUUUAACAUAUUGUAUCAUGAAUUUUUAUAAAAAACUGAAAUUUUAAAUAACAAAGAAACAUAAUAUUAACUGCCCUUGGGUUUU